UAAGACGAAAACCACGAGAAAGAAGCCUAGAAAGAAAGGGUUAGUGCUCCGGGAAUGGGGGACGUUUAUUGUUCGGACUGCAAGCGGCAGACGGAGGUGGUCUUCGACCACACGGCCGGCGACACGGUGUGUUCGGAGUGCGGGUUAGUUUUAGAGUCACACUCGAUCGACGAGACGUCGGAGUGGAGAACUUUCGCAAACGAGUCGGGCGAUAACGAUCCUGUCCGUGUUGGUGGCCCCACCAACCCGCUUUUGGCGGAUGGCGGUUUAUCCACUGUAAUCGCUAAGCCUAACGGUGUUUCUGGCGAGUUCCUCUCGUCUUCCUUGGGCCGGUGGCAGAACCGUGGGUCGAAUCCGGAUCGGGGGUUGAUUGUUGCUUUUAAGACCAUUGCUACCAUGUCUGACAGGUUGGGCCUAGUUGCAACCAUCAAGGACCGAGCCAAUGAGAUAUAUAAGAAGGUGGAAGAUCAGAAGUCUAGCAGAGGAAGAAAUCAGGAUGCAUUGUUGGCUGCUUGCCUAUAUAUUGCUUGUAGACAAGAAGACAAGCCACGCACUGUCAAGGAAAUUUGUUCUGUUGCCAAUGGAGCCACCAAGAAAGAGAUUGGCCGAGCUAAAGAAUACAUAGUGAAACAACUUGGACUGGAAAAUGGCCAGUCUGUGGAGAUGGGAACCAUACAUGCUGGUGACUUCAUGAGGCGGUUUUGUUCCAACCUUGGUAUGAAUAAACAAGCAGUUAAAGCUGCCCAAGAAUCAGUUCAGAAGUCGGAGGAUUUUGAUAUAAGGCGAAGCCCAAUAUCGAUUUCAGCUGCUGUUAUUUAUAUUAUAACACAGCUUUCAGAUGAUAAGAAGCCUCUAAGAGAUAUUUCACUUGCUACUGGAGUUGCAGAAGGGACUAUCCGAAAUGCGUACAAGGAUCUUCACUCCCAUCUGGAAAAGAUAAUACCAAAUUGGUAUGCCAAGGAAGAAGAUCUCAAGAAUCUAUGUAGUCCUUGAAGUUUAGAACAGACAAUGACUGAGAAUACACACACACACAAAAGGGCCCUGAAAUUGGUACUCUCCCCUGGAUGCAGUGGAACUCUUGGAAAGCUCCAAGAUUAACGGUUUUUUUUUCUUUUUUCUUUUGGUUUUUCGUACUUGACUACAUCCUUACAAGUAAAGACAGAAGGGAGGGGAGGUAAUGCGGAAAAGGUGGUCCAAGUGUAUUGUUUGGUUACUUAGUGGUCCAAGUUAUUUACUGAUUAGUUUGUCUUGCAACAGAUUUUUAUUGAUAUAUUAUAGAAGUGGAAUUUGUACCAGACUAGGUUGUUUAAGUAAACCAUGGCUGUAUAGACAAUAGUUUUUGGAUAUUAAUGUUUAUGAUAAUGCCAGAUAGUGGCAUUCUUUGCAG